AUGCGCACCGUCUUCGCCGCCGCCUCCAUCGCUUCGUUCGCGUCGCUCGCCGCCGCCCAGUCCAUCCAGGGCUUCGGUCGCUUCCCCUGCACCGUCGUCAACGGUGACGGCACCUUCUCGCCCGACCAGACCCAGUGCGCGGAUGCCAACCUCAUCGUCCCCGGCACCAACGACCCGACCUCGGUCUACCAGGGUGACCACCCCGCGCCUACUGGCUCGCAGUGCGUGAUGGAGGCUGCCACUGGCGCCUACUUCUGCGGUAUCGUCGGCGCUGCUUGCACGUCGAACGCCAACUGCGACAACGGUGUCUGCUCGUCCCAGGACGGCGUCACCCCCGGCACCUGGCCUGCGCCAACUCGGACGCCAACUGCUCGGGCUACCUCUACUGCACCGACCCUCUCGGCCAGCCGACGACCUCGGACACCUGCGGUGGCAUUGGCGCCUACUGCCAGGACUACACCGUCGGAAGCAACACCAACACCGACGCCCAGAACGAGGCUCUCUUCAACCAGUUCUGCGAGUCGGGCUAUUGCGCGUACCUCCCCGGAACCUGCGCCGUCCACGUCGGUCUCGGCCAGGACUGCUCGUUCGACCCCGAGUUCGCUUGCGACACCGGCCUCACCUGCAGCACCGACCCCGUCUCGGGCGCCCAGACCUGCACCAUCGCGACCGGCUCGGCGCGCGCUCGCACUCGCGCUCGUCGCUCGGACCUCAAGGCCCGCCGCAACCUCUGCCCCGCCUCGCACUCGGCUUGCGCCAUCCCGGGAGCCAAGGGCUUCGAGUGCAUCGACACCUCGUCGAACAUUGAGCAGUGCGGUGCCUGCGCGUCGGAGGGCGGUGUUGACUGCACCCAGAUCGAGGGCGUUGCCGCCGUCGGCUGCGUUGCCGGCGUUUGCGAGAUCUGGUCGUGCGAGGACGGCUUCACCUACGACGCCGCCAAGGGUGCUUGCGUCGCCUAAGCGCUCCCUUCCUCAUACCCCGCUUCACGCAUUCUCCGUCCUCGCCGCCCUUGCCCUCGGGAGAGCUAGCUCCUCGAGGGGUCGUUCGCCUUUCCAUACCCCUCGUUGA